GACAUUUGUUGUCUCCCAGGUGGCGAGACGGAGGAGGAGAUGCUGCGAGUGGACAUGCUGGAGAACCAGGCCAUGGAUUUCCGUAUGAGCCUUGUAAUGAUCUGCUACAAUCCUGACUUUGAGAAACUGAAGCCUGGCUACUUGGAGCAGUUGCCUGGGAAGCUGAAGCUGUUCUCUCAGUUCCUGGGGAAGAGGAAGUGGUUUGCUGGGGAGAAGAUCACUUUUGUUGACUUUGUCAUGUACGACAUCCUGGACCAGAACCGCAUGUUUGAGCCCAAGUGCCUGGAUCAGUUCCAAAACCUGAAGGAUUUUCUUGCCCGCUUUGAGGUGAGGUUUGCCCUGACUCCUGUAAUGCACUGCUCUGGU